AUCAAAGAGUAUAUAAACAGUAUUACGUUCUAAGAAAAAAUAAAUAACUGCCAUUGACGUGCGUUUGUUACAAUUUCAAUUUACCGGUUAAAUUUCAUGUAAACUCGUCUCACAGUGUGAAGCUGAAUAUAUAUACUGUAAGAAACCUCAGCACUCAGCAGUGUUUAAUCGAACCUAUAUUCGGGUACCCCAACAAAUUGGUGACCCGCCGUGAAAUGGACUACACUGCUGAAGGUCCUAUUCAUUAUACUCGGCAUGCUGCUGAUGACUGAUCGUGCCCCCGGGAUUGCCCCGGCUCUAGCCCGCAUAACUGUGCGGACUGUGGAGUCGCUACUGAUAAGUGGACCGGCGAAAGAUGUCGCCCUCCGCUGCCAGUAACCACUAGUGACAAGUGCUUCGCUACCUGCCUGGCUAACAGCCGGCCAACUAACCUGCCUCGCUGCUGCUAAUGGUGUUGUGCUUUGUCUAGGGGUGGAAAUUCCUAUGUAUAUAACAAACUAACAAACCUUUGUUCUAGUGCUUAAAGUAACACCUAACAUUUUAUAUACUCAAGACACUAACUACUUGGUAAGUGUAAGAAUUAUCUAGUUUGACAUGUCUUAUUGAUUACCAUUAAUAAUAACUAACACCUUACUGCCAACUAGGUACUUAAAAAUAACCUUUAUUUUAUGUCUCUUACUAUAAAUACUAGGUAAAAAACUGCCUUGUACAUACUUACCUACCUAUAAUGUACACAAUUACUUACCUACUACAAAUUGUGUUCAUUGUAUAUACUUACCUUAAUAACUUUAUUUUUAUUAUUUUCUUUAUUUUUAUGAAUUGUGUUUGUAUAACACAAUUAUUUUGAAUAUUAAUUGAUUUGUAAGACCAGGUACUAGAUUUAUUUUUGUUGUAACACCAUACAGCUUGAAUGUUUUUCUGUGUUUGUUUGUCUAUACCUAUAUAUUCUAGGUUGGUUAUCUAACCAUGGCAGACAAAGAUAUGGAGAAGUUGAAAAGCUUUCUGAAGAGAAUGCUGCACUGCAGGCCCGCCUCGAAUAUGCGAGAUUCUGAAAGUCUUCCAGAUAUUAAUGUUGAAGAAGGACAAGAACCUGAAGCGAGCCAAAUAUCUGGAAGACGAAUUGUUGAUAUUGGCUUUUUUUUCAAGAAGAUCCAAAAAAUUGGAAACCAUGGUGUUCUUGAUUGUAGUGUAGAAAGUUUAAAGCUCAUAAGUGAAAAACGUUUAAACCUAAAUGCAAAAUUCACUGUGAAAUGUUUAAUGUGCAAGGAAAAGUCUUCUAUUUCAAAUGUAACGGGUGAUCUUGAUACUAGCACUGCAUUGGGUACACAAACCUAGAAGAAUGUCUACCCACUUUAGAAUUGCCGACAAUUACCCAACCGGCUUAUCAAAAUAAACAUGAAAUUAUUUUUGACACCUGGGAAAAAGCGCUAAGUAAUUCGAUGUAUGAGGCUGCGGAAAAUGAAUAGAAAAUUGCUAUAGACAAAGGUAGAAUUACAAAAGAUGGGGUUCCUGUUAUGGAUGUAAUAGUUAACGGAUGUUGGAGUAAAACAUCUUAUAAAAAAACUAUAAACAAUCUCAGGUGCUACUGCCAUAAUAGGUAGGGAAAAAAUAAAUAUUACAGCAUUUGCACACAGGGCCAAAACAAAAAUAGACCACCGAUGCUUUAAAAACUUUUCUGGGUCGCCUACUGCUAUGGAGUCAAAUAUAAUAGUAGAAGGCCUCAAAGCAUCUAUUGACAUGUACGGAUUAAUAUAUUAUGGUCGCCUUAUUUGUGAUGGAGACUCGAGUACAUAUUCAAAAAUUCUAAAUGCAAGACUGUAUCUCCAGCACACUGUGGAAAAAAUUGAAUGUAGGAAUCAUCUACUGAGAAAUUUAUCCAACAAAUUGGAAAGCCUUACUACAGAUACUAAAUAUCCCAUAGGCUAUAGAAAA